AAUGUUCAUGUCAUUAGAAUGUCAAGAAAUCAAAAUUUUCAUUCAGGUUUAUGUUUAAUUUACAAAUCAAAUUAUUGAAAUAACGGAAAUCUUGUGUACUGCGGUUUUUUUCGGAAAAUGACUUGACUUUCACAAUAUUUUGAAGAGGAGAGAAGAUUAUUGAAAUGGGUAAAAGCCUUUCUGAAUGGAGGAACAAAGACAAGGAUGGUGAAACAAAAGUUCUAUUCAAAAAGUCAAAUGCUGUAUUGUUCUCGCAUUCAAGAACACUCUCGGGAGUUUCCCAAUCCUACUCCAGAAGUGGGAUUAUGCAGAUAAAGAAGAAUCUAGAACAUUCACACAACUACUAUGAAGACAAGGGGAAACUAAAAAGGGACUUGAGUGUGGAAACCGAUGUUUGUAUCUUAAGAAGAUAUUAUAGAAGUAGGAAGAACAAACUUUCUACUCGAGAUGGCUCCAUGAAGUCCAGAUAUUCCACAAUGGUUGAUACUGAGGUAGAUACUAUAGAUGAGCCCGACACCAGCGCUUGUGGAGACAAUGACACUGAAAAUAAAAGCCAUUCGCCAUUAGACAUAGCUUCACUCAUGAUAGACAAUUUGAAAGACUUACUAAAUCAAUGGAUUCAAGAACAUCUCAUAGAGAAUAAAGACAACAAACAGAAGAUAGAUUCAGUAAUACAUUCUCUCAUUGAAAAGUUUGAUAGAAAUAAAACAUUAACUUCUUCAUCUGGGUCCACGUACGUGUUACACAAAGAAACCACUACACAUGAAGUGAAAGAUAAAAAAAUUGCAACCCCAUCUUUUACUUGUGAUUACUGCAAACAAACCGCUCGAACAGUGAAAGUCGGAUCUACAGCCAAUACCGAUAAUAGAGAGUCUUCAGCGCUUACCAUCCCAUUCAAAUGUAAAGAUAUAAGAAUCAUAUCUACUUUGAGCAUACCAAGAAGUUUCCAUAAAAGGGGAAUGGAGGAACACAAACCACUUGGCAGUUCUUGGUACAAGACGAAUAAAAUGAAACACAAGAAUGUAACAACUCUCUCUGUUGAUAAGUCACACAAAAUGAUCAAUUCGUCUAGUUUCGAUUUAGUGUCAAUCUCAACAAAUACUCUAACAAAACAAUCUACCAAUUGCGAUGUACACGUCAAAAAGAAAAAACGGCAUAUUGUAUUUUUCCCCAAACCUCUUUACAAGAGUGCAACUGAAAGUUCAAGCGUAACAAACAAUGAGCGAACUCAAUUAAACAAUCUUCGUGUGAACAAGGAGCAACUAGAUGACAUGCCAAGCCUCAUGAAAAGUCUUUAUACUACUGAACUUAAUUUAGCUGGCAACCUUGAUAAAAACGUUGAAAACAAUACUACAAAUGAUAACUACACAAUGACUGAAGCUAAAUCAAAAACGAUUAACAAAAUGGCUACAGACUCAAACUUACCAAAUCGUAUUUACAUUCAACAAAGCAUUGAAAAAAGUAUAUACGAAGGAGAUCAACGCGAUAUGGUUGCUGUGGACUAUAUGAAAAAUCAACAAAUACAGUUUUCUAAUAUUAGACAAUCCAAAAGCUUAAGCAUCAGAAACCAAGCGACAACCAAAAGAAACUACAAGAAAACUUCGAUCAAAGGCAAACAUAACAAACACAAACGACGGUUAACUAGCAAAAUACAACAAAAUAUCAAAUUACCUGAAAACAAAAAUAUUCAAAAUAAAAAUUUUACAUUUCUUUACAAGAAAGCUAAUAAUCAAAAGUCUCAAAUAAAACAAUUCGUAAAAUAUUGUCAAAACCUAUUCGAUUAUUUUGAAGAUUACGAAACAAACAAGAAUAUUAAAUUAGAUGUACGUAUUAACGUGCUUCCGUCGUACGAAAAUAAAACAAAAGAUGUGUGUACGGAUAUCAGCAAUCAAGCACUGGGUGUUUAUGAUGUAAAAGGUGGAUCUACUUUGCUAUACAAUGUCAAACCAACUGAAGUAAGUAGUCCUGAGAAUAUGGAUGAGGAUUCUAUGAAAUCACACACAGAAAAUGACAGCUCCUUUGGCUUUACACAUGAAAUCAUUCCCCUCCUUGAUGGUGCUGCAAGUCAAGCUAAAUACAUAUUUGACGAUUCAAGAGAUAAGCUCGAAGGGAACUCGAAACAAAACAGUGUAAUGGAGCGAAGCACCUUGACAAGCGAACUAGAAAUUGCACAAGAAAUCAGUGAACUUCGCGCGAUUAUAAAAGAUUUAACUGCUGCCGCGGAUAAAUUUGUGAGUGAACAAAUCAAGAGAGACUCUAACAAAUCGAAUGCUGGAACCAAUAUGUCUCCACUAAUCAGCAAUAAUUUUACAUCCAGCUCCAAAGUACAAGCUGUUAUUAGUCUGAGAAACCCGUCAAAGGCUGUACAGUAUUCGAAAGAGUUUUUGGCUCAGCAAAAACUCAUAUCGGGAGUCAAACUAAGUAAGGAACCCAAGAAGAAAGAUACGUUUGAAUAUUACAAUAGACUUGCGAAGAAGAGUACGUCUUACCGCAUUAUCGACAGUGAAUCUAUUCUCAGAGUUACCGAUAUGACGUCAAAAGCAAAUGAAAUUCAACAUCAAAAUAAAAUAAUUGAAGGAAACUCAGCUCGCCCUUUGCUAAAGAAAUCCAGAUCAUUAUUUGAGUUACCAGGAGAUCAGAGGAACAAAAGAAAAUUUAUUACAUUAUUCUGUGAUGGUUAUCAGAAAAGUAUACGAUGUAAUGUUUGUAGCAUCCACAAAAAGCAGUCAGAGGGUUCACGCUCUACAUGUUUCAGACGUAGUAGGCGUCGCAACAAAAAUUGGUUUGCACGGAAAAAGAAGGAAAAGAAAUUGAGUGACAAAUCCAAACAACUAAACCAACAAAGUACAAAUCAAUUUUCCGAACUAACUUCUGAGCCUACCACUAUAGUCAGAAUACCUUCUUGUACCUGUCCUACCACCAACGGCUCUGUGGAUCGUGAGUAUGUACAAAUGUUAAUCCCAGAAGGGAAUAGUUUUAAAUAUUCUUCUACGAUGGUGUUUCCUCCUAGAGAAACAGAAGAAAUUGAAAUUGAAGAUGAACAGACUAUAAAUGAAGCGCAAAAAGUCCGUAAAGUACGCAGAGGCAUGAAUUUUGGUGAAGGCUGUGUAUACUGCGUGCUACUCUGGAUCCCUGUCAUAAUGAUUGCUUGCUUGUUCUAUGUGUACGUUUUGAAAGAUAAACUGAAAUCCCAAUUAGAAGAAGGAAAACCUACUUCUGCAAGUACAGGAGUAGUUAUACCUGUGCCAGCGCCUGGUGGAAAUUCCUCUUCAUCAUCAUCGGUUCUCUUUGUGAAACUACGUGAUCUGGGAUUUUAAUAUACAUUUAUUAUUGUUGUGAUAGAUUCUUUCUUUUACUUUUUUUACUAAAAUAAAAAUCGCGUUUUAUUGUU